UCUUUGGGGCCUUUAUUUUGAAUUCAUAUACACUUCUGAUUCUGAUGGACUUUUAUUUUAAAGUCUUGAUGCUGUUUCUGCUGCUUCCUGCUUCAUGUUUGCUUUCUCGUGACAGAUCCUAUGACAUUUGGAUUGUGGAUACAAACACCAGCAGGUGUGCAAUAAUGGCAAGCAACAAAUUUCAAAUCGUGGUACAGGGAGAAGCAUCAGAAACUGAUUCGGAUGAUGAAGUGUACAUCACCUCUGCCCCUCCUGUCCAUGCGUUAUCAUCAUCAUCAUCAGGGAUGAAGGUGGCAGGAGAGGCACCCGAGACCGACAGCGAGGAUGAGGAGGAGAGAGCGCGCAGACUGGCCUCUGAAAGCCAACAACAGAUGCUCCGCAAAGAUCUUCCUCCGCUCAUCGUGAUCAGAAACACACCUGCGACGGUGUGCGGACAGGAGGACAGUUUGUCGCCUGUGUCCAGACCUGAGUCAGGUCGUUUUAACACGUUACUCCAGCAGAAACUGCAGGAGAGCAAUGCACGAUUGUGCACUGAUGUCAAUCAAAGCCUGAAACAGGUGUAUCAGAACGCUGCGAGGGACAUAAGACAGGCCACCGCUCAUCUGAACAACUCUCAGACAAGCAUCAUCAACGCGUCCCACAGCAUUAGACUCAUUCUAGAGGACCUGAAGUCAGUGUCUGAGAAGAUCGACAUCAUUACGAGCUGUCAUCUGCUGCCGGACAUCACCAUGCCUAACCCGGUGUCUGGACAAUCUUAAUCAAAUGUUUGAGAGUAAGUUGAGACAGUUGCAUUUAAAUGACAACUGUUGCGUAUUGGUUAAUAUGGGCAUGUUGUUGGCCUGUUGAAGGUCCAAUAUAAGCAAAAACAAAAAUGUCUUGUAUGCUACAUGAAGAAUGGAACGUGUUAUUAGCCUAUUGACCACAACAUGGUCAUGAUUAUCAGUGAUCAUCCAAAUUAAUAACAUGGAAAUUAGUUUGGGCUGAUUUGCUGAAUGCACUGAGGAAAUAAAGAAAAUAAAUUAUGUAAGUAUAUAAAAAAA